AUGUCUUCUGUCAUGGACGUGGCACCAAGGUCUUGUGAUGCCCUGUCCACAUCCACGCCGUCUUUCAAGCCGUCUAAGAACCAGGCGUUGUGGGGUUUUAAUAAAUCAAUGCUGAAGUCACCGAUCAACGACACCUCGGCAUGCGAGCUAGCGGUGAUCGACACUAACCCGUUCUGCCGAAACGACCUGGACGCAAACCUGAUGCUGCAUCUGUUCUCCUACAUAGACCACGACGAUUUCUGCCUAUCGUACGUCUGGACCAAUCGCGACCUGGGAGAAGGCACUCUAGGUCUCGCCUUUAUCGGCCUCCCUAAUGAGCCCGGUGGCGCGUGCGAGAAGUUUCGCACGGUGAACACGCGCGAGGGCCGGCAGCGCCUGGCUCUCAACACGGGCGUCAUCACCUUCCUGCUGCACGGCGGACCCGUGGUGGCAGCCGUAAGCGAAGUCACGCUUGCCCAUGAGAUCGGACACAGCUACGGAUCCCCGCACGACGAAACGCCGGAGUGCACCCCUGGCAGCCCCAGGGGCCACUACAUCAUGUAUCCACGAGCGACCACCGGGCUGGAGCCGAACAACAGGCUCUUCUCACCGUGCAGCCGGAGCAGCAUAGGGCAUCUAGUGCGCUUCAUACUCGAAAGCAAGUACGACCGGGAGAACUGCUUCCUCGCUCACCAGGAUUCCUUCUGCGGUAACAACGUGCGCGAGGACAAAGAGCAGUGCGACUGCGGCUACGAGGAGAACGACUGCCACGACCAGUGCUGCUUCGCGCGCAAGAACUCGCACGGUGCUCCAGGUUGCACGCUGCGCCCGAACAUGCAGUGCAGGUACGGAGGGCCCCUGCCUGGACACGUGCAAGGAACCAGCUCUGCAGUCUUUGUGCGGCCUAAAGAGGGAGCGCGGCGCCGCGUGCAGCCAGAACCGCGGCUACUGCGACGUGUUUCACCGGUGCCGCAUUGUGGACGAGAAUGGGCCGCUGGCGCGCCUACAACAGCUGCUGGUUCCAAACCGAGUGCGCGAGCUGGUCAAGCAAUACACUUGGGUGGCGAUCCUGAUCGGUGUGAUGCUCCUUCUCGGUGUGCUGUUGUUCAUCCGCUGUUGUGCCGUGCUCACGCCCACCAACAACCCGAGGCUGCCGAAGGCCAAGACGAUCAAGGAAGGCGUGCAGAACCCCUGGGAAUUUUUCAAGGUUCCGGCUGUUUAAACCAGCGGAUCCAGCGGAAGCAAGUCUUCAAAAUAUUUUCGCUCUGAAAUUACUUUAAAACGUACCAUUAAAUGAAAUGACGUUAUUUUAUAGCAGUUUACACAAUAGCACCUUAACGUAUAGCAGUCAUAGCAGGUUAUUAUGGCAGUUAGUGUC